GAUCAGCGAUGUGUGUGGUUGGGUCAAGCGUUCAUGGGAAAACAUAUCCGCUCAAAUCAUAAUUCGAUCUUUUGAAAAAUGUGGUAUAACAGGAAGUUUAGACAGGAAUUUUGACAAAGAAAAUACGGAAUUGGAAGUAGUUGUUAUUGUUAUAAGUGACGAUGAGACUACGUAG